ACUCCAACAAAAACGACCACUCAAAGACAACGACUUCCCCGAGACUCGCGUUCUCACCCGACAGGCUGCUCAGCGCCAACGACCUCCAUACUCUCAUUCCUCUCAAGUCAGAUGUUAAAUCUAUCUCGAUGCGUUGGGAACAAUUAAUGUCUGUGUCGCGGCGCCAGACCGAGCCCAAAACCAGGGCGACAUCACAAGAUAAGACUAUGCGUAAAAGACUAGGGGCAUGGUGGACUCUAUAUUUUGCGUGUCGAAGUUCUGAGCUAAUGAUGACCUCAAGAGAACGAGCCUUGGGAGGCAUGCGCACGAAGACUCGAUGCCGGACUGGCUCGCCGCCUUGCUCCGUACCAAGGGUGAGAUCAAGACUGAAGGCGUUGUUCCUGUUCUGAAACAGCUGCUCGAACAAAGCAACACAACCCAAUAUGCCUACUUGUGCCAUGAAUCUGUCCAGCACAUUUCCAAGCUCAAACUAGAAGGGGGGUUCUGCGGUUAUCGUAACAUCCAGAUGCUCAUCUCGUAUAUUAUUGCGACGGGUUUCGAAGGCCAGAAGCACUUUAAAGGAAGGCUUCCUACAAUCUUUGAGAUACAAGACUUCAUCGAGAACGCUUGGGACCGUGGAAUUAACGUGCAGGGCCGGAUUGAGACAGGUGGUAUACGAGGAACUCGCAAGUACAUAGGAACAGCGGAAGCACAAGCGUUGUGUACGAGCUUGGCAAUACCCCUUCUCAAAUCAGAAAGCUGGCGAGUCGGAGGCUCGCCUUCUAGAGGCUAUUGAGACGUAUUUCCAAAUGGGUGCGUCGUUAGGUGACUCGAAAGUUGUCUGCACCACUCUGGCACCCGUCUAUUUUCAACAUGCAGGACAUUCAAUGACAAUUAUUGGAUUUGAAAGGCGAGAGCGUGGAACUGCCAAUCUUCUGGUAUUUGAUCCUUCCCAUCGCGACACAUCAGCUAUCCGUCGCUUGAUAGGAACUAGCUUUGGACACAAAUCACCCGACAGUGCUCUGGAGACCUAUCGUCGGGGGCAUAGAUACCUCCGUCGGUUUCGGGAAUACGAGCUUCUCAGGCUUGAAAACCCCAUAGCCCAGAUCCAUCCACGCCAAGAAAAUGAAAAUACUCCGUAAGGCGAACCGCCUGUGAGGGCCAGAGACGAACGAGCUCUUCUCCUUGUCAUUUGGCCACUUGCUGUUCAGAGAACCAUUGCUGCAAUUUGGACAAUGCCAGGCCUCGGUGCGAAAUCUUGUUCUUCGCGGCCUUGUCCAUUUCUGCGUAGCUGCUAUGACUUAGUUAUGCACAGCUCAGGUUUGUUAAGGUUCCAUACGUCUGGCCAUCAUAUUCGAAAAUGGCAUCCCAGCCUGGCUCACAACAGUCGAGGUCAGCCGAGUCUGCUUUUAGAGAACUGGGCACCAGGGGCGUGCACUAACCAAAGUCUGGCGGGCCUCUAGGUUGCACAAUGGUACCCUGUGACAAUAUCGUCAGCAGAUAGAAGGCACAUGUUGCCAGGCGCCCAUCUCACUCUUGUGCGGCCUUGAAAUAGGGUGGGCUUCUGGCCUGGACCAGGUGAAUAUGCAAAUGUACACACGGCAUCGGCCGACUUAUCAUCGU